AGUGAUGUGAAAAAACAUCGAUGCAUCGACAAUCGAUGUUUUUUUGGCGAUGUUUACCGAUGUUUUCCGAUGUUUUUAUUGAUACCGAUGUUAAGCGAUGCACCGAUGUUUUUAAGCGAUGCAUCGAUGUUUUCCAAAACGUCGCUGGUUUGAUUUUAUACAUAUUUUGCGUAUAUUGUCGUGUGUUGCCUGAAAGUGCAGUUAUACAAACUUAAGCAGCAAAUAUUGCAAUGCCGAAGUAAGUAAAUAUAGUAACAUUACUUAUAUGUAUUUAUUUAUGUAUGUACAUAUGUACAUAUAUUUAUACGACAAAAUCAAUUGUUUUAGAAUAACAACAAAGACGAGUUUUUGCUGGAAGCAUUUCGCCAAAAUUGAUGGCAAUAGUGCGAAAUGUAAUAUUUGCGGCAAAACAAUCAAAACUGCAGGGAACACUACGAAUAUGAAAGAUCAUCUACGCAAUGUGCAUAAAAUAAGGGAAGAAGACCAGACACCUGUGUCUAACAGUGGGACGCCACGACAAGCUUCAAUAGCUGCAAGCUUCCAAAAUAUCACGGAUUUUGGAGGAGAAGGACAAAAAACAAAAAAAAUAAAUGAUGCAAUUGUUUACAUGAUCGCAAAGGACAUUCAGCCGUUUUCAAUUGUUGAAAAUGCUGGAUUCAUUUAUUUGAUGAAUACUGUCGCACCUCGUUAUGAAAUUCCUUCGCGUUAUAAAGUAACCAAAUGGCUCGAUGAGAAGUACAGUCAAAUGAAAGAUCUGUGGAGAACAAGGCUGACUGGAAAGAGCAUAUCCUUAACAAUGGACAUAUGGAGUGACCAAAUGUCAAUGCGCAGCUAUUUAGGGAUCACUGCUCAUUUUCUCUUGGAGCAGGAAAUGUCUUCAUUGACAAUUGGAGCUAUGCAGUUAAGCGAGCGUCACACAGGACCAUAUCUGAGCGAAAUGCUGGAAAUCUGUUGCUCAGAUUGGAACAUUGACAAAAAGCAAGUAACAGCUAUUGUCACAGACAAUGGUACAAAUAUUAAAAAAGCUGCUGAGAUAACGUUUGGGCCCAAAAUUCACCUGCCCUGCUUUGCGCACACGAUUAAUCUUAUUGCUCGCUCGGCCAUCCAAAGGGAAUCCGUAAAUGGAUGUAUUGCCAAAACUAAAUCAAUCGUUGCUUUUUUUAACCAUAGUGGUGUGGCCAGCGACCAUUUAAGGAAAGCAACAGAUAAAGUACUUAUUCAGGAUGUUCCAACGAGAUGGAACAGUACAUAUUAUAUGAUAGAGCGCUUUUUGGAGGUCAAAACGCAAGUGAACGACAUUUUACUGAGUAUUCCAAAUGACCAAAUGUUGCUUACCGGAAAGGAAUUUGAGCUGUUAAACAAUGUGCUUACAAUGCUACGCCCCCUUGAGGAAGCAACGAAAAUUGUCAGCGGAGACAAAUAUUGUACGGCCAGUACGGUCAUACCCAUUGUCAGCAUCAUCAAAGACAAAUUAGAAAAAUUAAGUGACAACACACAAGAAGCGAAGGAUAUGAAGGAGUUCCUGCUUCUCGAAAUAGAAAGGCGAAUGGGAUCGAUUGAGCAGGUAUCGAUUCUAGCAAUGGCCACGUUGCUUGAUACUAGAUUUAAAAAAUUACAUUUUAAAGAUCCAGUUGCAUGUGCCAAUGCACUGAUGAAAAUUAAAUCUAUGUUUAAAGAAAAUGAAAGCAAAGAGGUCAUACCACCGACAACAGGGAACUCGGAUUCUUUUUGGAACCACCAUCACCAGCUCGCGCAGUGUCACAACCCGAAUGUGGAUAUGGACGUAGAAAUAAGCUCUUAUCUACGAAUACCGCUUACUUCCUUCGAAAGUAAUCCAAUAACUGUUUGGGAAAGCAUGAAAUGUACAUAUCCGAAUUUGUACAAAAUUGCUAUGCAAUUUUUGCCGGUGAUGGGAUCAUCCGUUCCCUCUGAACGGGUUUUCUCAGCGGCUUCAAAUAUUUUGUGCCGUAAAAGAAACAGAAUGACACCUGAGCGACUAAGUCGUAUUUUGUUACUGCAAAGCAUUGACAAAAAAUAUUUUUUUUAAUUGUUUCUUUUUAAUAUGUAGUUUAUAAGUAACAUUGAAAGAUAAAAAAACUGCUAUGAAAGCAUACGUUUUUUUUUUUUUUUUUGUUUGUUUAAUAAUUU